UGCAUAAAGUGAAAAAAACGAAAGAGCUAGAGAGAAAAGCUGCAGAGACAGAGACGCAAUGGGGGAUAGUGUGAGAAAUUGUAAGCGAAUUGCAGAGACGGCAGAGUCUACGACCACAUACGUCACGAAGAAACCGAAGAUUUGUUUCGAUUUUGAAGAAUUGCAAGUUCCGUUGUCGAAUUUUGAACUGCGAAAAGACGGCGCGGUUGUGGAUUCCUCGGAGAGACCGUCGAAUUCUUGCGGAGCUGUGGAUGGUGAUCCUUGCUCCAGCUCCAGCUCUUGCUUCUCUCAGACGUCUCGCUGCUCCAGCAGUAAAAUCGUGGAGGAAUGCUCGAGAUUCGUAGAUCGAGAGACUAAAAGUUUCGAAACCGAAGACUCAACGUGCAUCACCAGCAGAUUAAGAGAGGCGACUCCAUCUAGCGACUUCUUUGACUCACCAGUGGCGGAGAAGAGUCAGCAUGAGAAGCCUGUGGGGACCGAAAUGCCGUCGCAGGGAGAGAUCGAGGCGUUCUUCGGAAUAUCCGAGAAGUUGGAGCAGAAACGAUUCUUUGAGAAGUACAACUUUGACGUCGUGAACGGCGUGCCACUGGAGGGUCGGUUCCAGUGGGUUCCUCUGAAAUGAAGGAAGAGAAGGAGAGAGAGGUAUUGCUAAGGUGACAUAAAGUAGGAUGUGAUUUUAGCAUAUUUUAAGUGGUUGUUUGGCUGUUAUUUAUACAUCUUUCAUCUGUUUGUGGCGUCCUUUUACUAGUACAUCCAAAGAAGCUUCUUCCGGCAUAUUGUUUAUGGAAUAAAAGAUUCAGAGUAAUUUAAAUCCUAAUUUUAUCUAUGAGAGGAAUCAUCAAUUAUGAGUGGAAUCAUCAAUUAUGAUUAGAGUAAUUCGUCAGGCUCUA